AAACAAGUUUCUUGCAGAACUAGAACUAUAAUUAUCCAAGUUGAGAGGGAAACAUAUGUGAACAGGAAACAAGUAUGUAGAUAAGUUUAUAAAAAGGCAUAUAGAGUUCAUUGUUGCAUAAACUGGUGGUAGAUUCAUGGGUUACAAUCAAAAUCGACACAGGCUGGCUCUAUGCAUAACAGUAGCAAUGAUGUUUCUUGGUGUGAGAUCAGACUUGAAUCAGGACAUAAAGGGAUGUCAGUAUUCCAUGUCUGAUCUAUACUCUUGUCUUCCUUUUGUAACUAGCAAAGCUAAAGCUCCAGACUCAACAUGUUGCACCACACUCAAGGAAAAAUUAGACAAAGGGCAGACCAAGAGAUGUCUCUGUACGCUUGUCAAAGACAGGGAUGAUCCUGGUUUAGGGUUCAAAGUUGAUGCUAAUCGUGCAAUGAGCCUUCCUUCCACAUGUCAUGUCCCUGCAAAUAUCUCACAAUGCCCAGAGCUUCUACAUUUGCCUCCAGAUUCAGUUGCAGCUAAGAUUUUUAAACAAUUCACUGAAGCCUUUCAAAAUGUUGAACCUAGAGGAACUAGGAUAAAACAUAACAAACAAACAAAAAAUACUGCAGCAGUCCCCACAACUACAAGUUCAAGCGUCAAUGGAAGAGAUAAGAAGCAAUUUGGUUUAGUGAUGGCUGGAGCUUUCUCACUAUGGUACCUAGUGUAGUCCUUUGUUAUGAAAGUUAAUAAAUACAACCAAACUCGCUAUACGUUAAUUAUCUAUCUCUUGUGCAUGCAUGUUAAUAAAACAUAUGGUCUUCUCUUA